AUGCUGGGGGCCCGGGGCGGGUGGCAGGCCUUCCGCCGCUGUGCCUCCCUGCCUCGGGCGCAGCGGGCGGUGCGGCUGCGGGUCCGCGAGGCGCUGGAGGCCCGGGAGCCGGCCAGCGAGGUUAAAGUGCAGGGCUGGGUCCGCUCUGUCCGAUCCCAGAAGGAAGUUUUGUUCCUGCAUAUAAACGAUGGGAGUUCUCUGGAAAACCUCCAGGUGGUUGCUGAUCCCAGCCUGGAAAAUAGAGACCUGACUUUUGGGAGCGCGGUGGAAGUGCAAGGGAAACUGGUCAAAAGUCCUCAUAGGAUGCAAAACAUGGAGCUGAAAGCCGAAACGAUCCGUGUGGUGGGACCUUGUGAUACUUGGUCGUUCCCCCUGAAAAUGAAGGAGAGGCACCCGCUGGAGUAUGUCCGACAGUUCCCUCACCUGCGAUGCAGAAACAACACACUCGGCUCCCUCUUGAGAAUCCGCAGUGAAGCCACUGCAGCCAUCCACUCAUUCUUCCAGGAUAAUGGCUAUGUACAUAUUCAUACCCCCAUAAUUACAUCAAAUGACUGUGAAGGUGCUGGGGAACUCUUUCAAAUUGAGACGCCAAAUGAGGCAAGGGAAUCUGCAGAAAAGACCCAUUUCUUCAAUGUGCCUGCCUUCCUGACAGUUUCUGGCCAGCUCCAUUUGGAAGUGAUGGCGGGGGCUUUUACCCACGUGUUCACCUUCGGCCCGACGUUCCGAGCGGAAAACUCUCAGAGUCGCCGGCACCUGGCGGAGUUCUAUAUGGUGGAGGCUGAGCUGUCCUUCACUGAAAGCCUCCAAGACAUCAUGCAGGUUAUGGAAGAUCUUUUCAAGACAGUGACAAGCACUGUGCUCUCCAAAUGUCCUCGAGAUGUUGAGCUUUUUCAUAAAUACAUAGCUCCUACCCAGAAGGACAGGUUGGAACAAGUGCUGAAGAACAAAUUUGUGACAAUUUCCUACAAUGAAGCAGUGGAAAUUUUGAAGCAAGCUUCUCAAACUUUCGCUUUCAAGCCAGAGUGGGGCAGUGACCUCCAAACAGAACAUGAGAAGUACCUGGUGAAGCACUGUGGUGAGGUUCCUGUGUUUGUGAUUAACUACCCAUACGACCUCAAACCUUUCUACAUGCGGGACAAUGAAGAUGGACCUCAACACACAGUUGCAGCUGUUGAUCUCCUCGUACCGGGAAUAGGGGAGUUGUGUGGAGGCAGCUUGAGAGAGGAGCGACUGCCCUUCCUUGAAUCACGCUUACAGAGAUUAGGACUCGCAGAUGCCUACCAAUGGUAUCUAGACCUCCGAAAAUUCGGCUCAGUUCCUCAUGGAGGCUUCGGAAUGGGGUUUGAACGGUACCUGCAGUACAUCUUGGGAGUUGACAAUAUCAAAGAUGUUAUUCCUUUCCCCAGGUUUUCUCACUCCUGUCUCCUGUAGCUCAGCAGUUGACUCACAUGGAGAAAACUGCUGGUGUGACGAUAUGUAUAUAACAUAUUAGGAUACGACUAAGUGUGUUUUAGUAGGAAAUCGAGAUAAUUUUUCUAUCAGUGAAACUCUUGGUAAAUUUAAUACUGGCUUAUUGAAAAUAAUAUAUGUUCUGGUGAGGUGAUGGAAGCACACUUGCAGUUAAUUUGAUAGCAGUUCAUGUCUUCAGUGUGCUUCAGCAGUAUUAAUAAAUGCCACUUAACUAAAGGGUUAAGAUUCUUGUGAGACUGGUACAAGCCAUGGAAGUACUGAAUAAGCAUUGUUGGGAGGUAGUGGGGGUUUUAUGUGAAAUAUUAAUAAGGAGGUGUGACCUAAAAUGGACUGGGAGCCAGGACUGCUAUGAGGCUUUAAUAGGCUUCAAUUAAAUGCUUGCACAGUGCUUUGCAGAUUGAGUGUUAUAAAAUUGUGAAGUAUUGUCAUGGCUGUAAUGCACUUGCUCUUAUAAAAUGGCUAUGGUAAAGCAUGAUUCUUCCUACCCUGCGAUAAAAGCAAAUAUUAUUUACGUUGGAAAAAUCAGCGAAACCUAGCAAGGAAAAAUGUCAUAUUGGAACUGCUGGAGUGAAUUAGGUGAAUGAUGAUUGAUUUUGUGAAUCAUCAAUAAAGAUAUACACUGGGUUGUU